UUAAUCACUAUAUUUAAAGGUUGCAUCAUGCUUUCUCGAUUGUGCGUCGCUCGUUCGACAUUGAGUGUUACACAAACACUCAAAACUCCAGUUCCCCAAAGAUUCGUGCCCAAGAACUACAUUGUAAGGAAUUAUGCUCGUGAACCACGCUCCAGAGUCGCCACGCGAACCCAACCCACUAUUUGGGAAAGAUUGAUGGCCCCAGCAGGACCAAACGCUUUUAGUUUGGGCAAAGGAGCAUUAGCAGGGGCAUCAGCUGUUGGACUUGUCGCGCUAUGUUACUAUGGCUCUGGUGUCAAACCUGGCACCUUACAAGAAGCACAUCUCUGGCCACAAUACGUCAAAGAUCGCAUCAAAGCUACAUAUGGAUACAUUGCUGGAUCACUAGUUUUAACGGCCGGUAGUGCAAUAACCGUUUUCCGAACACCUGCUUUACUUAACUUGGUUGCUCGAAGUGGAUGGAUGUCGAUUAUUGCAACAAUGGCUCUCAUGAUUGGAUCUGGAAUGGUAGUCAGAGGUAUGGAAUACAGACCAGGCUUCGGACCCAAACAACUGGCAUGGAUGGUGCAUACUGGCAUCAUGGGGGCUGUUAUUGCACCCAUAUGCUUCCUCGGUGGACCCAUCCUCUUGCGUGCGGCUUGGUAUACUGCUGGAGUAGUAGGAGGUCUAAGUACAAUUGCAGUCUGUGCUCCCUCUGGUGAAUUCCUUAAUAUGCGUGCUCCGCUGGCAAUGGGUUUGGGUGCUGUAUUUGCUGCUUCACUUGCUGGAAUGUUCUUGCCACCCACUUCAGCCCUUGGCGCAGGAUUAUACUCCUUGAGCUUGUAUGGAGGAUUAAUUGUAUUUGGUGGUUUCUUGCUCUAUGAUACCCAAGCUAUCAUCAAAAGAGCAGAGAUGCACCCAAUGUAUGGAGUUCAACCGUAUGACCCAAUCAACUCGGCGAUCUCAGUGUAUUUGGACGUCCUUAAUAUCUUUAUGCGAAUUGCUAUGAUCCUCGCAGGCGGUGGAGGCAACAAGCGGAAGUAAAUGCUAAAACAAACAUACACUUUAAAAAAAUCAUAUAAAUUAGUCAGCAUUAUAAUAAUUGUAAUAGCUUAGGAAAAUUCUCGUGCUUUCGAUGGCUGAAUCUAAAGCGAAUGUGAUAUUGUUUUGAUGUAAGGACAUAAAGUACUGUUAAGAACGCGUAAUUAGUUUAUUUUAAUGUUUCCGAAAUAAAUCGACAAGUAUUAUUUCGA